UGGUGAUGCGGGUAAAUGUUGCAGGAGAUCCAGAUGAAGAGGACAGCAAUUGAAGCCUUCAAUGAAACCAUUAAGAUAUUUGAGGAGCAGUGCCAUUCCCAGGAGAGAUAUAGUAAAGAAUUCAUGGACUGCUUCCGCAGAGAGGGCAAUGAUAAAGAGAUUGAAAGAAUAAUAAUGAAUUAUGAAAAAUUGAAAUCUCGUUUGGGGGAGAUAUAUGACAGCAAAUUACGCCUGGAGCAAGACUUGAGAAAACAGGCAUUGGAUAACCGGGAAAUAGACAAAAAGAUGAACAGUAUCAAACCCGACCUUAUCCAGCUGCGGAAAGUCAGAGAUCAGUACCUGGUAUGGCUCAAUCACAAAGGAGUGAGGCAAAAGCGCAUUAACGAAUGGCUUGGCAUCCGGAAUGAGCAGUUUGAUGAACAUUGCUUUGUGAGUGAGGAGGAAGACUGUCUGCCCCAUUACGAUGAGAAGACCUGGUUUGUGGGCGACCUCAAUCGGAUACAAGCAGAAGAGUUACUCGGAGGAAAACCUGAUGGAGCUUUUUUAAUUCGUGAGAGCAGCAAGAAGGGCUGUUACGCAUGUUCUGUGGUGGCCGACGGCGAUGUUAAACACUGCGUUAUAUACAGUACGUCGCGAGGCUACGGGUUUGCAGAGCCAUAUAAUCUUUACAGCACACUUAAGGAGUUGGUGCUCCAUUACCAGCAUACGUCCCUCAUCCAACACAACGAUUCCCUUAACGUCAGGCUGGCCUACCCUGUCUACGCACAUAUGUCCUCUCUCUGCAGAUAAAACGGCGGCUACUCUGGACCUUUUCUACAGUUUUUACUAGAACUAAGAGGGCAUUCUUUCUACUUAGACUGCUUGUUUUGCACAAGAAGUGAAUUUGUGAAUGUGAAAUGAAGAGGCGUGGCAGUACAGCAGGCGGAAGGAGGUCCCGGUGCUUCCUGCGGCUCAGCUGGGAGAAAUGGAGGGGUGCUCUCGCCUCCGUCAUGACGGAAUAGGUGGGUAGAGACCUCCCCAUUUGUGAUAUUCCAGCGCUUGCUCUGUAUUGAAAGGUAACUGGAGACAUGGGAAAGAAAACCAAAGGAUUCUUGAGAUUCACUUUUAUUUCCUGUAAAGGAAAAAAAAAGACUAAUAGUUGCUUUAUUUUUCCAACAGCCAACAAAGUUUUGGCUUCCGCAGCACUAACUCCUCACACGAGGAAACAUCGAUAUUUUUAACCAAAUUCAACCACCAAAACUUUGUUUGUUGCUGGAUCAAGCACUUACAUGGGAACGACGUUGGCACCUGCACAUAUUUGUAUGCCAAAACUUGAAAAAAAAAGUGAAGAAAAAAAAGGUGGUUUGAAAACACUAAUCUGUCAAUAUUGUGUUAAACUUGUGUUUUUGUUUUUAAUAUAAAGGCUUUCACCCUCUG